CAGAGCGCCGCCCACCCAUCCGGGGCGAAGCGCGCGGGGAAGCAGGCUGGGCCGGGGGCUGCCAGCCUCAACCCCCACGGUGACCCCUCGGCCCCCCAGCCCGGACCCAAGAUGAUGAAGAGGCAGCUGCACCGCAUGCGGCAGCUGGCCCACACGGGCAGCUUGGGACGCACCCCAGAGACUGCCGAGUUCUUGGGUGAGGACCUGCUGCAGGUGGAGCAGCGCUUGGAGCCAGCUAAGCGAGCGGCCCACAAUGUUCACAAACGGCUGCAGGCCUGUCUACAGGGCCAGAGCGGGGCUGACAUGGACAAGCGGGUGAAGAAGCUUCCUCUCAUGGCUCUUUCCACCACGAUGGCUGAGAGCUUCAAAGAACUGGAUCCCGAUUCCAGCAUGGGGAAGGCCUUGGAGAUGAGCUGUGCCAUCCAGAACCAGCUGGCCCGAAUCUUGGCUGAGUUUGAGAUGACCCUGGAGAGAGAUGUCCUGCAGCCGCUCAGCAGGCUGAGCGAGGAGGAGCUGCCUGCCAUCCUGAAACACAAGAAGAGCCUGCAGAAGCUGGUGUCUGAUUGGAACACCCUCAAGAGCAGGCUCAGCCAGGCAGCCAAGAACUCAGGGAGCAGUCAAGGCCUGGGUGGCGGCCCAAGCAGUCACGGCCACCUCACCACCGCCAACAAGGUGGAGACACUGAAGGAGGAAGAGGAGGAGCUAAAGAAGAAGGUGGAGCAGUGCAAGGACGAGUACCUGGCUGACCUGUACCACUUCUCCACCAAGGAGGACUCUUACGCCAACUACUUCAUUCAUCUCCUGGAGAUUCAGGCUGAUUACCAUCGCAGGUCACUGGCCUCACUCGACACAGCCCUCGCUGAGCUGAGAGACAACCACAGCCAAACAGAUCUCUCCCCCUUGAUGACGGCUGCCCCCGUCUCCAGGGUAUAUGGGGUGUCCCUGAGAACCCACCUGCAAGAGCUCAGUCGUGACAUCGCCCUGCCAAUCGAGGCCUGUGUCCUAAUGCUGCUGUCAGAGGGCAUGCAGGAGGAGGGCCUCUUCCGUCUGGCGGCCGGGGCCUCUGUGCUGAAGCGUCUCAAGCAGACAAUGGCCUCAGAUCCCCACAGCCUAGAGGAGUUCUGCUCAGACCCCCAUGCCGUGGCAGGUGCCCUCAAGUCCUAUCUCCGGGAACUGCCAGAGCCUCUGAUGACCUCUGACCUCUAUGAUGACUGGAUGAGGGCAGCCAGCCUGAAGGAGCCUGGCGCUCGCCUGGAGGCGCUCCGUGAUGUUUGCAGCCGCCUGCCGCAAGAGAAUUUCAACAACCUCAGGUACCUGAUGAAGUUCCUGGCACUACUGGCAGAGGAGCAAGAGGUGAACAAGAUGACACCCAGCAACAUCGCCAUUGUCCUGGGGCCCAACCUGCUGUGGCCUGCUGAGAAAGAAGGGGAUCAGGCCCAACUGGAUGCAGCCUCUGUGUCCUCAAUUCAGGUGGUGGGUGUGGUCGAGGCGCUGAUACAGAAUGCAGACACCCUCUUCCCUGGAGAUAUCAACUUCAGUGUAUCCGGCAUCUUCUCAACCCUGGCCCCCCAGGAAAAAGUCAGUAGCCAACGAACCACAGAGGAAUCGCCACCUGCUGCUGCGCCCGCACCAGCUGCCACCCCAACUCCCGCCUCGACACCUGCGAAAGAGAGGACAGAGUCGGAGUUGCCCAAACCAGCUUCUCCCAAGGUCAGCAGGAGCCCCACAGAAAUGGCUGCUUCAGCAGAGGACAUGACUCGGAGAACCAAGCGCCCGGCACCAGCCCGACCUACCAUGCCGCCUCCCCAGCCCUCCAGUGCACGCUCGUCCCCUCCAGCUCCAUCCCUGCCCCCCGGCUCUGGCAGCCCUGGCACUCCCCAAGCUCUGCCACGCCGUCUGGUAGGCACCAGCCUCCGGGCCCCCACGGUGCCUCCCCCGUUACCCCCCGUUCCUCCGCAGCCUGCCCGGCGCCAGAGCCGGCGUUUACCAGCCUCCCCCAGCCCAGCUUCCCCUGGCCUCAUCACUUCCAGUGCGCCUGCGCAGGUGGACCAGGGAGUCGCCGCGGAGGACAGAGGAGGCCCUGUAGGUGGGCACGCCACUCCUCCAAUUCUGCCACCCCAGCCCCGGCCCAGGGGCCUCACCUCAGAGACGGAUUGAGCAGGCCCUCCUGCCUGCCCAGUCCUCAGUGUCCCCUCCCUUCCUACCUUGUCCUCCCAGGACAGCCCUUGCCCUGUGCCUAGGUGCCUGCUGGGUCGGCCCCCAUGGCUAGGAGGGCUCAGGCCAGCCCUCUACUUUCUGACCUUUCCCCUUCCACUUUGAGCUUGGGGACUCCCACCUGACUUCCCCAGAAGGAAGGAUGGACUUGCCCAUUCCCACAGCCCUUUUAUUUUUCUCUUGCCAAUGUAUUUUUGU